GACAACUUGCAGUGGUCACAAUGUGUAAGCUAGUGGCAUUGGUGAUAGUGGCGUUGUCACUAGCAGCUGUAUCCCAGGCACAGAUCAGAAUACAUCUGAAUCGUCAAGAAAUCGCUUUACAGCGAGAAAAAAUCAAACCUUACGGACAUGUCAACCUGUUGAGGAGUGUUGGUGUUCCUCAGAUUAUUAGGAACUACAAAAAUGUGUACUAUUAUGGCUACAUUAGACUGGGAACACCCGGGGAUUUGGUGCGAGUGAUCUUCGAUACAGGAUCUCCAAGCCUAUGGGUUUACUCAGGCUCAGGAUGGUCAUCGUGGUGGUGCAUACCCUGCUGGUUCCAUAAGACCUACCGGCACUCAUAUUCUUCAACGUACGUGCCUGAUGGACGUCCAAUUGAAAUAAGUUAUGUAUCAGGAUAUAUGAAGGGAUAUUCCAGUCAGGACGUUUUGUCGAUGGGACCCUUAUCAGCACGAGUACAGUUUGCAGAGGCGACAUCCACACCCAUAAUGGAUUCUUUGUGGUCCAAAUACGAUGGAAUCCUUGGACUAGCACCUUGUUCGGGACCCAGAUGCCAAGUGUACAAAGAGUUCACGCCGUCCGUCCUCAAUCCCCUGAUGAGGCAGCUUCCCUGCCCAAUUUUCUCAAUAUAUCUUGACAGGACGAAUGGAGGAUAUGGAGAAAUCACAUUCGGAGGGACCAAUCCUCUACUGUACAAAGAAGAAACACUCGUCAUGCACAACACGACGACAUCCUACCUGUGGUCGCUACGAAUUGACAGCAUUUGGGUCGGAGAAACUUUAGCGCUGAACUACACCAAAGGGAUCAACGCUUUCAUCGACACGGGGACCUCCCUCAUCGUUGGGCCUCCCGAUGACGUUGCGGCAUUGCUCCUGUUGAUGAAUCUGGAUCCAGGUCUAGAGGUAGACUGUGAAACAAGGUGUGAGUUACCCCCGAUAACCUUCGUCAUAGGAGGGAAGAAGUACAGUCUUAAUUGGAAGCAGUAUGCAUAUUUAAGCUCAAAACCAUUUUUUGGAAGUAGCGUUUGCUAUCAUGGCCUACAGGCGAUUGAUGUUGGAGGGUGGAUUCUGGGCGACCUGUUUCUCUCUAACUUCUACACUGUAUUUGAAGUUGGAGAUCAUGUCUCCUCUAGGAUCGGUUUUGCACAGCUCAAAUGAAGAAACAAUUAGGAACCAAGCUUAUAAAAACGCUUAUACUUAAAAAAAAAAUAAUAACCAAUUAUUUGUCUUUGUGAUUUAUCUUUUUUAUUUAUUGUAUAAUAAAAAUAAAACAAGUGAUAAUCCCUCUUGAAAUUGAUAUGCCCAGUUAUU